UUGGCUCCCGCGCUUUUCUCAUUUUUGAAAUCCUUUAGUAAGCUAGACAGAAGGGUCUGGAUUUAUUUUAUAUUUUCGAUUUUUUUGUUUCAGAUUGGUCAUAGCCAGUACGGCAUGUAUUUGUUUGUAUUCUUCAGUUAGUGAAAUGAGUGAAUGAAGCAAUCACGAGUGCAUGCAUGGGGGUUUUGUAGUCGUUUGUUGCUUAACUUUAUUUAUUGGCUUAAACUUGGGCUCUUUAAAGAUUAAAUCGUCGUAGCCUGUGUGGUUUCUGCGUGACACGUGAGUACAUUUUUCUACUACUACAAUGACUAAACUGAACAUUUUUAGACAUUCUGUAGCUAUAGAAGAAAAUAUAAACAUAUGAACUGCAACUGAUGAUGCCAUAGUUACUUUUUUGCGUUUAUUAUUACCUGCAUGUAUUUUUAUACUGUAUUAACAGAUAUUAAUAUGCACAGACGUAUACGUUACAUCACGGACUUGUGCUAUACGUGAUGAUCACAGUAAAAGAUGGUCACAGUACUGGGAUUUGAAUUCAGCCAAUGAGCGUAAAAUGAACAGAACGUCUGUUAAAAGAUCUAAAAGCAAACAAAAAUCAGAAACAGGAAAACGUUUUAAUAAAAAGUCCAAAGUUGCAGCAGACCCUGAUUCAGAAAACAUACCUCCUUGUUCAACUCCUUCGCAAAAUAAAUAUGUAAGGGAGCAUGUAAGAAAAAUUUUAGCUCAUACUCCUUCACAUUUAAAUGUGACUGCUUCAGCGGAACAAGGAAGUCCAGUCAGUGCUCCAACAAUUAGCCAGACAAGUGUGAAAGGAAACCUAUCUAUAACUCAAAACUUUACAGUGCUCUUGCAGAAUCCAUCUAAUGGUUAUUCUUUGCCUGAGGAUCACUCAGACGUAAAAGUGGGGACGUAUGAUGACUAUCAGAUUCUGCCUUCACACAACACUGAACAGGUCCCUCAAAAAUGUAAAAGCUCUCAUCGUCGGAGACACUUGUCCUUCAAAACUUGUCUGGAGCAACAUACUUUAACUCUUGCAGAGGUGAAAAAGGACACAAAUCACUUAAGAGAGGUUACUGUUGCUGGAAAGAUUUUGGACUUUCAGCCUGCAAUCAGCAUUCUGGAGAAUGAAGAAGGGAUACAUUAUUCUCAUUAUAUCCUGUAUGAUACCACUGCAAAAGUUCACUUGAGUUUAGCUGAGAAGUUUAUUGUAACCCUCAAUCAGUGGUAUAUAUUUAAAAGUCUUUCCAUCUGUGACUUUGGCAAGGGAAAUGUGCUUUGUUCAACCGAACUCACAACACUGGAGCCAUUUACUCCUUUAGCAGACAAUCUACAGGAGUCUGAAGAGACUGUCAUCUCAGGGAAGGUCACUGAGGCAUUACUGACCUUUGAAUAUAUCUGUUCAUGUGGUGCCAUGCUCUCUCUCUCUAAUACCAAAUUGUUCCGUAUUAAAUGCAACAAGUGCAGAAAAAGCUGCAGGUGUGAAAAUGUUCAAAACAGAGCCAAGGCCAAUGUAACCAUCAAACAGCCCAAUGAAACAUACCAGAGAGUGGUGUUAAAUGAUGCACUGCUGCACUCCAUUGUCAGCUUUAAGAGAGAGGGAUACUGUGACAGUCAGCAGCUAGAGGACCGUCUGCUGAAAGCUGAGAGAAUGAUUGUAGUCUGUGUGGAUGAUGAGCCUCGGCGUGUGGAAAUAGAAGCAGUGGAACAAACAAAGGAUGUGGCAAAAAAAUCAUUUUUUUCUAGAUGGUGUGUCAUGAUGUGAAGCCUUUUUUACUUAAAGGGUUAGUUCACACCAAAAAGAAAAUUCUGUCAUCAUCUACUUAUUAGUAGAUGUUAGUUUGUCUUUGGAACACAAAUGAAAAUAUUUGUAAUGACACCUGAGAGAUUUCUUUCUCUCAAUUUAACUGACUAUUCACCCAAAACUGACGCUCUGAAUGUUCGUAAAGAGAACAACUAAUAAAUAUAUAUGAAAUAAGCAGUUUAACCCAAGUCUUCUGAAGAGAAGUGAUUAUUUUAUAUGAUGAACAACUUUAAUUUUGGUUUUUAAUUUAAUUAAUAAGAAAUGUGUAUGAUUGGUUGGUUUAGUUUAAUUGUAAACGUAUAACAAUCUUCACAUAAAUUAAAUUAUACACAGCUGAGUCAAAAGUUUACAUACACCUUGCAGAAUCUGCAAAAUGUAAAUUAUUUUACUUAUUUAAUUAUGUCGCAUAAAAGAUGUUUACAUAUAGUCCACAAGAAAAAAAUUAUUUCUAAAAAAAAUGACCCCAUUCAAAAUUUCACAUACACUUGAUUCUAAAGGGUUCAAAUACACAAAAAAGCUGAAAACCCAAAGAAUUUGUGGGACCUGAAAGAUUUUUUUUUGAAGAACAGCGAGCAGUUUAACUGUUCAGGACAAACAAGGAACUCAUGAACAACUAUCACUAAAAAAAUAAAAAAAACUGCUUUGGAUCAUUCAAGUAACAACACAGUAUUAAGAAUCAAGUGUAAACUUUUGAAUGAUUCAUCUUUGAUUAUGAUUUUAAGUCAUUUUUUAUACAUUUUCUCUUGUGGACUAUAUGUAAACAUCUUUUAUGUGAAAUACCUUAUUCAGGUCAGUACUAAAUAAAAAACAUGCAUUUUGUAUGAUCCUUCUUAUAUUGAUAAAAUAAUUAAAAUUUUGCAGAUUCUGCAAGGUGUAUGCAAACUUUUGACUUCAACUGUAUGUAUAAACUACAAAUUGAAUACAGAUUGAUCUUUAUUCAGGCUACAAAGGUUAAAGUCACAAAAGUUAACAAAGAACAGUGAGUGAUUUUCUUUUUCUCAUUCUUUGAUUUACAUCAGUGACAGACUGCAGCAGGUUUAUUAGGCUGCUGUCAUUUUAAAACCUGGCGAACAUGAUGCGGAUCUGACACGCAUCAGAUUUUUUCCCAACUCUUAAAACAUACCACAUUUAACCUUAAAUGACCAUAUCAUUGGUCAUUUAAGGCUUUUAAACUCAUUCAAACUGUGUUUACUAGGUCACUUUCUAAAAAUGGGCAUUUUGAGACAAUUUUGUUUUUUUGUUUGUUUGUUUUUGUCCCUUCAAGUGCGAAAGAGAAUUCAAUUCAAUUGGCAUGCUGUCUGAAGCAGCUUUCUGUGCACGUGUCUCGGGUGUCACCCUAACUCUCUCAAAAUACUUAAUUUAUUGAAUACAUGCAUAUUUUGCAAUAAACAGUUGUUUCUUAUUUAUUAAUGUCUAGUAUUGGUUAUUACCUUUAGUUUUGUUUUUUUCCCAUUUAUGUAUGUAGUAUGUUUUUUACUGUAUGUCUGUAUAACAGAAAAUUGACAAUGCUGUCAACACCCCAGCUAUCAUAUUAUGAUUGUAAUUUUUUUCUUUUAUGUAUUCAUAAGUUUAACCUUGAUAUCUUUAUUACUG